UCCAAACCCACGUGGUUAAAAAAAAAAAAAAAAUUACAGUGACUUGCUGUCGGAAGAGAGAGGCUUGUGCUGCAAACUGUAGAAUUUGUUCGCUUUAAAAACUAAUUUGCAAAGUUCAGCUUUUUGUUCAACAUUCGACAGUGCAUAAUUUGUAGACCAAAACCAGCAGAAGAUCUGAACUGUUGACCAUGGCAGCUGAAUCCAUCAUCAACUCCAGGCAGAAAGAGGCACUGAUCAAUGGCAUCUCCACACAAGUUGUCUGCACAGCGUUCAGCAACCACAUCCUUGUGGUGCUCACACAGUAUGGAAAGAUAGGGACAAUAAUAUCUCUGCUGCCUGACGCGACAUCCAGUGACAUCAGCAAACCCAUGUUUACCACAAAAGUACUGCUAGGGAAAGAUGAAGCUCUGACACAUGUCUAUGCCAAAAACCUGGUGACUUUUGUCUCUCAAGCAUCAGGGAACAGACCUGUCCUGCUGGCACUGGCCCUCAAAGAGAUAAACAUUGAAGGCAUAAAAGCCAUGAAAGAGAUGAUCAAAAGCUGCCAAGUCUGGUAACAAGACGUCAAGUAGGAAGUGAGACCAAAGACUCUGGGGCCCCAGGAACCAAUUAGCCGGGAGACAGAAGGGAAGCUGUUGAUGUUGCUGACAAGCCUAAAGUUAGGCACCUCUGAUGGAAUGUGCAAACAAGUCUGUGUAAACUUGAAGGUGAAUUAUCAUAAAAGCAUGUAAUGCAAACUGAAAUUAAAUGUCAUGCAGCCCCAGGUGGGUCAUAAAAACCUUAUAAAGCAGUCGGCAUACAGCUCGGUAAUAUGCAAGUGGGGAAACUAUGUUGUUUAACAAGACAUGAGGAAUAUUUUAGGUGCCAAAGCAUGUCACACAACUAUAUUGCCACCAUUGUUUCAGCUGCUGGUCAGUAAUUUAAAUUAACUAAACAUAAACCUGUAGUGAGUACUCAACACUUUUUUUUAUUAGUUACAAAAAACUUUUUUUUUUUUCGUGGUGUAAUUUGCCUUUUAAAACAGCCCUGCGUGGUGUAUUGAUUCGUUCCAUUCUUGAAAAUAAUAUUGUGGGUGUCAUAAUAUUUGCAACAUUAAUACUUCCUGCCAUUUAAAAAACAAAAAAACAAAACAGAAUUAUGUAUGAUUCAUUUGUGCACAAUAAAUACACUUUUGUUCA